AGGAGGUCGUCCAGCUCAAGCCAAUCAAUCCUCUUCCAAAUUAAUCGACUGUCCCUUUCUGGCCGUUGCAAGAUUUAUAACUAGCGAAGGUCACUGGAAAUUCACCUGUGUCAAAUCAACUCACAACCACCCCUUUGACUCCAAUCAACUUCCUGCUCGGGGAAUUCGCCAACUUGAAUCUGAACUCACAGAAGAAAUACAAAAUCUCCUCAGCCAGGAUUCUACUUGGAUUCCCCUGAUUGAACUCUUUACAAAUCCUUGGACUAAGAAUCUACCCCACUUUGACCACCGCUCUCUUCAAAUUCAUGUCCAUCACAAAUAUUUAACAUCUAUCCUCUUCAGCAAGGCCAACAACUACCCAGAAACCAUUGAAUCCCUCUCUUCCGUACUCAAAAAAGAAGAAGAACUCAUCCGAAACGAAUUUUCACAGAAAGAAGUCAAAACCCUCCAAAGAAUAAACACCAUCUUCUCACCUUGUCUCGGUAAAAUUUCUCACGCGGCUCUCAGGAAGGCUCAACUGAAUUUCCACAACCGAAACGAGGAAGGGUUUGGCACUCCUUGCAACGAAUCUCACAGAAAACGGACUGGAAUCCCCUGUGGUCAUCGGCUCCAGUCAAUCUUCGAAAACAACCUGAAAGUUCAGCCAGGGGAAUUUGAUCCCCAAUGGCAUUACAAAGACCCGAAAUCCGGUCGAUGGUCGAAAAAUCGACCAUCCGGAUUGCCCUGCCACGCCCCUAUUGGUGGUCAACGGUCGAAUUUAGGACCCGAAAUCCGGUCGAUGGUCGAAAAAUCGACCAUCCGGAUUGCCCUGCCACGCCCCUAUUGGUGGUCAACGGUCGAAUUUAGGACCCGAAAUCCGGACCCGAAAUCCGGUCGAUGGUCGAAAAAUCGACCAUCCGGAUUGCCCUGCCACGCCCCUAUCGGUGGUCAACGGUCGAAUUUAGGACCCGAAAUCCGGUCGAUGGUCGAAAAAUCGACCAUCCGGAUUGCCCUGCCACGCCCCUAUCGGUGGUCAACGGUCGAAAUUGUGACCCAAAAUCCGGUCGAUGGUCGAAAAAUCGACCAUCUGGAUUUCUCUUCCACCACCCAUCAGUGGUCAACGGUCGAAAUUGUGACCCGAAAUCCGGUUGAUGGUCGAAAAAUCGACCAUCUGGAUUUCUCUUCCACCACCCAUCAGUGGUCAACGGUCGAAAUUACGACCCGAAAUCCGGAACCACCACCUAAUCUCUCAGUCAGAGAGGACGAAUUGGCUCAGAAAAGGAAAGAUUUGCAGGCUCAACUCUCCUCCUUAAACCCAAUUGAAGAAAGUACCAAACUGGAGCAAAUUUCUCGGGUACUGGAUGGAUCAGCUGCUAUUGUCGACAUCAAGAAGCCCAAAACAAAUCCAAAGUCACGCGCCAAGCCCAAACCCCAAGCUUCCUCCAAGAAGCGCAAACUUGAAGAUCCGUCCCCUCCCUCCAGGACUUUAUCCCAGCUCACAGGCAGUUCCUCACAAAGCAUCACCAUUCUUAAUCCACAACAAACAUCUCAGCCACCCAAAAAGAAAUUCCGUCCAAUCCGCACUGCAAAUCUCCUCGAACAUCUCCCAGAUUUCAUCCAGCCACAUGUUGAAAAAGUUGAAAAUGUGAAAGCAGAUGGUCACUGUGGGUUCAGGGCUGCUGCUUUCUGCUUGGGAAAAGGUGAAGGAUCAUUCUUGAACAUCCAAACUCAACUCGACGAUGAAAUCACCAAACGAAAGGAUUUUUACCUCAAGAUAGGAUGCUUUGAAAAUUCUAAACAAUGGGAAAACACUUUAGCUAGAAUCAAAACAAACUCAGCUGCGCCGGUUGGUGAAGAGCAUUGGAUGUCUAUGCCAAUGACUGCAGAGCCUUUGGCCAAUGCUUUCAGCACUCCAGUAUUUUAUUUCUCAACAACAGGGUCUCAAGGUUUUUUUCCACACUUCACUCCCGCCAACAACAACCCCCCAAUUUUCAUUGCUUUCAUUCCUGAUUCAUCUCACUUUGUUGCACUUACACUGAAGGAUCCAUUAAAUUUCCCAUUCCCAUAUCCUGUCGGUUUGAAUAAUUGGAGAAAGCAUGCUGAUUGUAAAGCUCUAGAUUGGGAGCAAAAAUACUCUAGUUGUAUUAAAUUAGGUCAAGAUGAAUAG